UAUCAAACAUAAAAGAAGAAGAAGAAGAAAGCUUUUUAAAAUAGGUAAUAUUUUCAAGCACGAAUAAUAAACACACCAACAAACAGCCAUGUCUGUGAACUAUGCUGCCGGGCUCUCGCCGUACGCGGAUAAAGGUGUCUGCGGGCUUCCAGAGACGUUUGAUGGUCCUGAGGAGCUCAAGGUGAAGGCGGAGACCCUCGCUGAGCUGAUCAAAGAAUCUCAGUACCUGGUUGUUCACUCCGGAGCGGGAAUCAGCACCUCAGCAGGCAUCCCUGACUUCAGGGGUCCAAAGGGUGUUUGGACGCUAGAACAAAAGGGUGAGUCCCCUCACUUCAACAUCACUUUUGAGGAUGCUCGACCAAGCCUGACUCACAUGGCCCUCCUGGGACUGCAGAGGGCUGGGUACCUCAAGUAUCUCAUCAGCCAGAAUGUGGACGGCCUACACGUCCGAUCAGGCUUCCCGAGGGACUUGUUAUCAGAGCUUCAUGGAAACAUGUUUGUGGAGGAGUGUGAGAAGUGUGGCAGGCAGUAUGUGAGAGAAAAAGUGAUUGGUGUGAUGGGACUGAAACCUACAGGACGGUAUUGUGAAGUGGUACGAUCCAGAGGACUCCGGGCCUGCAGAGGAAAGCUGAUGAGCACAAUAUUGGACUGGGAGGAUGCUCUUCCUGACAAAGACCUGAACAAAGCUGAAGAUGCGAGCAGACGAGCUGACCUGGCACUUACACUCGGCACGUCCCUGCAGAUCAAACCCAGCGGUGACCUUCCACUCCUCACCAAACGCAAAGGAGGGAAAGUAGCCAUUGUCAACCUGCAGCCCACGAAACACGAUAAGCAUGCCUUCCUGCGUAUGAAUGGUUACGUGGACGAAGUCAUGAAACAGGUGAUGGAGAAGCUCGGAUUGGAAAUUCCAAAGUGGGAGGGUCCAACCAUAUGUGAGAGCGCCAAAGUCAGCUCUGAAGCCGCGACAGAUACCAAACCAGCACAUGCAGAUAAUGCAAAGGGUAAAGUGAAAAAGGAGCUGAUCAAAGAGGAGAGGAAAAGAGAGGCGAUAUCCCCAACGAACGAUGGGAGAGUCAAAGAGGAGACCAUUCCCGUAAAGAGGGAGAGAGCAGACUCCCCUGCAGAGAUACCUGAAGAGAAAUAGCCUCAGGUUGUUUUUGUGUUUUUAUCUCUACACAAACACAUCCAGAAAUAAACUUUAUUAGUGAGGGGGAUCAGUCGGUUGAAAUUAGGAGACAGGGUCUGCUGAUCUGACCCUGAAUAGACUCCUCUUGUAUUGUGGCAGUUUGUUGAUUGAAAAUCACAACAGACAUCACUUACACACAUUUUUAUUGGCUCGAGGAAUAAGGGCUCGAAAGUAGACCUCUUUAUGAAACUACAUUAGCGUAGUUGUUGAGUCCAAUCAGAUGAUGAGUUUAUGACACGUUCAACAUGCCCUGGUUAUUGUUUUGUCAAAGCCGUCUGAACAACGCAUAAAACCUCGUAAAGAGAAAACACCUCACAAUGGUGGUUUUCAACUUUCUCUAUAUCUGACUGUUUUUAAAAUAAAUCCUUCAAAGUAUGUGAGAUUUUGCUCAUCUCAUCCCUACUGUUUUAGCCUUUAAAGACACCUAGGUUCAAUUCUUCACAAAGAUAGAGAUUAAGAACGUCUCUAAGCCUGAUUUUAGGUGUAAACUGAUAUUUGAUUUGUUUUGUUUUAUCCUCAACAAAUAAAUUAGAAAUUAUGUCCUUCAAGCAUCAAAGUCUUGUUGAAUGCAAGAUUUCUCUUUCUGUAGUGAGAUGCGCAUUUUCCUGUUGUGCAAAAACGGAGCACCUGCAGCUGAUUGGCAGUUAGAGGACCACAUCUUUUUUUUUUUUUCAAUCUCAGGAAAAGACACACUACUCUGAGUAAAAAAAGGUUACUGUAUUGUUUUUUUUAUAUAUAUCUGUUUUUACAAUAAACACAAUAUGUUCUUGUAA